CAAACAGAGCAGAAUAAAGGGUAGCAUCAACCGUUACAUUUGUCUUGUUGAGGUAGCCCAGACAAAUCUAUAAUCAUCAGACAAUAUACGGUGUUUAAGCUAAACCGUGUCGUCGAGUUUAGUUCGGGAUAUAUUUGACGAUUUAAACUCGGUGAGAUUUGUCGGCACAAGUCAACGACAGGCGAAGAAAGUGCGUACUAAUCUGAAACCCCAGAAUCGCUCCUGCUACGCCAACCAAGCUAAGCGUAAAAUGGCUUGCGGGGCAACUCUGAAGAGGUCUCUGGACUUUGAUCCGCUCAUGAGCCCGGCUUCGCCCAAAAGGAGGAGAUGCGCCGGGAUCAUGUCUCCGGUCUCGUCACCGCAGAAGUAUCUCCGCAUGGAGCCCUCUCCCUUCGGGGAGGUGUCGACCAGACUCACCACAGAGCAAAUUCUGCACAACAUCAAACAGGAGUACAAGCGGCUGCACAAACGGCGACACCUGGACAGUGCGUUCCAGCAGGUUGACGGCUGCUGUCCUCUGGACCUGCAGAACAUUCAUAGUGGAUCUGCUGUACCAGGUACGUCCUUGGGUGCUUCGUCUCCCACCAAGAAGGAGCAGCCUUUGUUUUCCCUCAGGCAGGUUGGAAUGAUCUGUGAAAGACUACUGAAAGAGCGUGAGGACAAAGUCCGUGAGGAGUAUGACGAGAUACUGACGACAAAGCUUGCGGAGCAAUAUGAUGCAUUUGUCAAAUUCACACACGAUCAACUGAUGCGAAGGUUUGGAGAACAGCCUGCGAGCUAUGUUUCCUGAGUUUCUGCACUGGAUAUCAGGGAAUAUUAUUUGCUGCAAGCUGCUCCAUGAACUGAAUGGGUCUGGUUGGACUUUUUUUCCCCCAGCUGUGCCAUAUCGCCUCUGUGGACUUGACUGCCUCAGGCAUCAGCUAGUGGCAUCCUACGUUUGCUGUGUCAACCCGAGUUAUAGGAGGAGGCCUUCCUGCUGCCAACAUGUCCACGGACUUUUCUGUCACUCAACCAGUGGCAUCUGAACUGCCAUGUUGAUAUUUAUUUGGCUUUAUUUUGACGCCUUCAUAAAAGGCUGACUGCCAUCACACACUUGGCCUUUUGAUUUGAUUUUGUUUUCUGUCAGAUUUUAGUUAUUUUACAAAGAAGGUAGUUGUGCAGCAGCUUUAUGUAAAUAAAUAAAAAAAAAAAAAGGAGAGUGGACCUUGAGGAGAGUGGGUAAACUGACACCACCGUCAGACUGGACUCCAUAAACUGCAGGUCUUUUUUUUCCUCAUGUUUUAAAACUGUAUUGGUGAUUACUGCUAUUACUAUUGUAUACACUGUACUUUUAUUUUUUAUUUCUUUUGCUUGACUUUUUUUCGUUGUACCAUAAUUUCAUUUUAUUUGCUGUAGGUAUAAAAUGCUUUGAUUCAAGAAUAACAAAUGAAUAAAGUGUUCACAUGUG